AUGGGACUUGCUGGAUCAACAAUCCAAACCCCGGGACCAUCCCUUCAUGACAUGAUGCUCUUUGAUGUCGACAGGGUAAUAGAGUCACUCGGUGUUGACAGGGAGUUCAUGCGAGAUGUCAAAUCUCGCAGGCUAUGGAGCAGGGACGAAUGGAUGGAUGCUGUUCGAACUCCCGCUGUGGAUAAAGAAGGUUUUGCAGAGCUGUGGUUAAGGACGACAUCCCUAAGCGAAGAACCCCCGAUUAAACCAAUUCGGAAAUUAUCAUUCGAAAAUUACAUUUUCAUCUAUUUCAGCAAGAUCAUCCAGCUUGUGGAACAUUUUGAUUACCAUGGGCACUGCUGUCUUGUUUUCAAGCUCUAUGGUCUUAGUGUUUUCGAUUUUCAGAGGAAGUACAACUUUCGACCGUAUCAUAUAGAUGAUACGCGACACAUCAUGUAUCAGAUUUGCUAUGCUGUGAAAUUCUUACAUGACAACAAGUUGACACAUACCGAUCUUAAACCAGAGAACGUACUUUUUGUCUGUGACGACUCCUAUACAGAAAAAUUUGGAAAUGUGAUCUUCUCAACGCUUCUGUUACGCAGCAAGAACAAUCCAUUUCUCGAUCGUCUUGUUACGUGGGUUGAGAAACAGAUCAUUUACAACAAAGGGAAGCGCUCUGCUCAGUGGAUGGACGAGGAUGAAGUUCCCAAGCACUUUCCGAAGUCGAAAAUGCACCCGAAGAAGACCAUGGUGACUUUGUGGUAG